CUUGGAAAAAAUACUAGCCUAGCUGGUCAUUUCUUUGUAAGGUAGUUAGUAAUUUUAAGUCUUUCUUUGGUCAACUUUUUUUUUAAUGUGAAAAGUUAGGUAAGGAACUUUUUUACUGCUUUUAUGUUUUUCUGUCUUGUUUUGAAACCAUGACGGUUAUUACACUUUAGGUUCCUAAAUAAAAUGUUUUAAAAAAAUUAACAGCCAAGUCACAAAGAUAAUGGAUUGCACAUAGACUAAGGAAUAAACUUCAGAAUUGUGAUUUUUGUUUCUAAUCUUGAUGUAAAUUUACACUAUUUAUAAAUACAUAUUUAUUGCUUGAAAAUAUUUGUGAAUGGAAUGCUGUUAUUUUUUCCAGAUUUACCUGCCAUUGAAAUUUUAAGGAGUUCUGUAAUUUCAAACACUACUCCUAUUACAUUUUCUAUAUGUAAAUAAAACUGCUUAGCAUUGUACAGAAACUUUUAUUAAAAUUGUUUAAUGUUUAAAGAGUUUUCUAUUGUUUGAGUUUUAAAGAUUUUAUGUACAGUGCCCAGUUUUUGUUCAUUUUUCAAAUCUGAUUAUAUAUAUUUUAUAUAUACUUAUGUAUGUAUAUAUAAUAUAUAUAGAAAUCUGGAUAUAUAUGUAUAAAGAUUUAGAACUUAAAUUUUUCUCGUUUUAAGUUUCACAUCUAUGGUAGAUUUUUGAGCUGUCUACUGUAAAGCAUUGCUUACAAAAGUAUGAUUAUUUUUAAAGAAAUAUAUAUGGUAUGUAUCUUCAACACCUAAAAUGUUCAGACUGGUUUAUUGUUAAGUUGCCACUGCUCCAAUGGUAGAUAAAUAAACAAUUGCUGCCAAAAUGUAGUAUAACAACAGGGAAAAAGUACGGGUUUUUUUGGGUUCAACUUAAAGUUGAGCUUUGGUUCAACGGAAAGUCUUGGUUCAACUUAAGACUUUAAAGAGAAUGUUAUAUGGGCUUGACAAAUCCUGUACAUCACUUCAUAGCAAUUUUUUUAUGAAAAAAAGAUUCAGGUGAAGGGUUCUAUUUUAGAACGCAAAUAAAUUAGAGACUUAUUUUUUUAAUAUUAGGCAAU